AUAAAGUAUCAACGGCGAGCGAUGCUUUCACUUGGCAAUCAUCGGAAUCAUUUUUAUGUUCCAAGGCAUUGGAGUGGUAUUUCGAGUACAACCAGCAGCUUGGUUUUUACAGGGUAUUCUUUUGAAGUUUAUCUAAUGCCUAAAUUUGUUUCACAAUUCAAGCUGCUUAAAGUGUUGGAGGUAUCUUCAGUCGAUUAUAAUUUCUCUUGGGUAAUAUCUAAACUUGUACAUUUGAGAUAUGUUGCUGCAAAAAUUGACGUAGCGCCUUCACUAGCCAAAUUGUGGAAACUACAAACCAUAGUUCUUCGUAAUUUUACAAGAGGGGACUUUCACCUCCCGCUAGAGAUCUGGACAAUGUCAGAGAUAAGGCAUCUUGAUAUUGCUAGUGAUAUUGAUACAGGUAUACAUAUGCCUAAUCCUCUUGAGGUGGAAAGUCUUUGCAUUGGAGAACAACCUUUAUUUCUCAAUAACCUGCAAAAACUUGUUCUCCCGUCCUCUCCCUUUUUAGCGGAAAUCCUAAGAAGAACUCCCAAUCUAAAAAAGCUACAGAUUGUAGAUAUGAAGCAUGCCGACUGGCCUGCAAUUCUUGAUUCUCUCAUUCUUCUACAGGAGCUGGAGACAUUAGCCAUAAAAGCAGAACGAAAUAUUGACCGCAUCAUUCUCCCUAGGAAUAUUUUCCUGCCUAAUCUCAAACAAUUGAGAUUAAGUAAGACUUAUUUCCCAUGGGAAGAUAUGGUUGCGCUGGCUAAUUUACCCAAUCUUGAGGUGCUCAAAACACGUUAUGCAUUCUGGGGAACAGAUUGGACACUAAAUGAAGAUGUUGUGUUUCACAAAUUAAAAUAUCUACUAAUUGAGUCCGCAUAUAAUCUGGAAAGGUGGGAAGCAGCUAGUGAUAAUUUUCCGAUGCUCGAGCAACUACUCCUGUUUGGGCUCCAAAACCUGGAAGAGAUUCCCCAAAGUAUUGGAGAAAUAAUGGCACUAAAAUUCAUCCAAAUACAAUGGUGUAGUUCUGCAGCCGUCACUAGUGCAAAGAAAAUUCAAGAAGAGCAAAAAACUGUGGAAAUGAUGGCCUAGAAGUUCGAAUUAUCUUCAAUAGUAUGAGAACAGGGAUGAAGUACUAACAGAAUUCAUAUUGAAUUUUUGAAGUACUGUUCUAGGGACUUUAUGAAGUGGAGCCUUAGAGCAAUGAUAGAGUUAUCUUUGUGUGACUUAUAGGUUACGGGCUCGAACCGUAGACUCAGCCACUAAUGCUUGUAUUAGGGUGGGCUACCUACAUCACACCCCCUUGGGUGCAGCCCUGCCUCGAACCCUGCAUGAACGCGAGAUGCUUUAUGUAUUGAGCUUCCUUUUUUUAGGGACUUUAUGUUUUCUUUUUCUUCUUUUUAGUCAAAUCUUUAUUCAAGCUUAUAGUAGUUAGAUCCCUGGAAUGUUUGAAUAUCUGUUAUAAAUGAUUUGCUUAAGUGCAUUACCUUUAAGGAAGUUGAAACCUUAUGUUUAGUUGCAAACUUGAAAUCCAA